AUAGAACUGUUUUUUUUUUUUUUUUUUUGAUAUAUUUGAUUAUAAACUACAUAAAAUGAAUAAUCCUCUUGUGUUGUUUAAAAUUUAAAUUUUUAAAAUCCCUAAUUUAAAAUUAUUUCACUUGAGACUUAAAAAUUGUAUGGAGUUACUGUAGAUGACUUGCAUAUAAUAUGAAUUUUUUAAAAUUUAAACUAAAGGCAAUUUCAUCUGGGCUUUUGCCACGUCAUCAUCUUCUAAUUGUAAUGCCUGCCGAGCCAAUAAACUUAUCAACAAUCUUGAAAUGUCAACCAUCAAUGGCGGCAUGUACCUUCCUGUCCGUUUUUACCUCGCCACCGGUGCGGUUGCUUCAUCUGUCACCGCUCCCUUCUCGUCACAGCCUCCAUGCCAUCCUAGCCACCCAAUUUCUAAAACCCGGGCUCCGGUGUCAGGGGAUUAGCUUUAACAUCCCGCUUCCCUCACCAACGACCCAUAAACCAGUUCGAUCACUGGAAGUCCGGUCACAUCUGAGGUGCCCUAUUGUUUCUCCCGACGACCAUUGGGGCACAUGGACUGCUCUCUUCGCAACUGGUGCUUUUGGUCUCUGGGCAGAGAAGACAAAGAUUGGGAGCAUGGUGAGUGCUGCGUUGGUGAGCACAUUGUUGGGGCUAGCGGCUAGCAAUCUAGGCAUAAUUCCUCAUGAAGCGCCGGCAUAUGCUAUUUUCAUGCAGUUUCUGCUACCACUUGCUGUUCCUUUACUCUUGUUUAGAGCAGACCUGCAGCAGGUUAUGCGGUCCACUGGGACAUUGCUUCAAGCUUUCUUGCUUGGAUCUGUUGCAACUAUAAUCGGAACUCUAGUGGCUUUUCUAAUGGUGCCUAUGCGAUCUCUUGGUCAAGAUAAUUGGAAAAUAGCUUCUGCUCUCAUGGGUAGUUAUAUUGGUGGAUCUGUUAACUAUGUUGCAAUUUCAGAGGCUCUUUGCGUUUCUCCAUCAGUUUUGGCUGCAGGAGUUGCUGCAGAUAACGUUAUUUGUGCUAUAUACUUUAUGGUGUUGUUUGCAUUAGCCUCUAGAAUAGCACCUGAGACUCCAACAUCAACCAAUGAUUAUGAAAUGAAUUCAGAUCCUGAUUCUGGAGGCAAGAUCCCUGUGCUUCAGAUUGCUACAGCUCUUGCAGUCUCCUUUCUGAUUUGUAAGACUGCCAGUUAUCUCACAAAAGCUUGGCAAAUUGAAGGGGGCAUCUUAACUGGAGUAACAGCUAUUGUUGUCAUUUUGGCAAGUUUAUUCCCAACACAAUUUGGUCAUCUUGCACCUGCUGGUGAUGCAAUAGCUCUAAUCCUUAUGCAGGUAUUUUUUACUGUGGUGGGUGCCAGUGGGAGCAUAAGGAAUGUCAUCAAUACAGCACCAAGUAUUUUCUUGUUUGCUCUUGUCCAAGUGACCACCCAUCUUCUCGUGAUACUAGGACUUGGAAAAUUACUUGGUUUAGAUCUAAAGCUUUUACUUCUAGCAUCCAAUGCCAAUAUUGGAGGCCCUACCACAGCAUCUGGAAUGGCCAAAGCCAAAGGAUGGGGCUCAUUGGUUGUUCCAUCAAUCCUUGCCGGUAUCUUUGGGGUUGCAAUUGCAAAUUUUCUGGGCAUUGGUUUUGGGACAAGGGUACUUAGAUACUUGUAAGUUUUUUCUUCUUCUGGUCAAUUGUACUUCUAAGCUUUCAAUUUUGAAAUAAAAGCUGCAUAUUAUGUUAAGACGUUACUUAAAUUUGUUGGUAUUUUCACCUGCUUGGAAUAAAAACACAAUCUGAUC